CGAAAAUAGGAGGAUUGCAUAAGAUGCUAGGUUUGCCGGACCACGGAUUCGUAGCCAUUCCGAGAGAUUCUAUUCAAUGUCUCCCAGAAUGUAACAGCACCAAUAAAUUGGGAGCAUCUUUCGAGACUCCCUAUGGUCACAGUUUGGUUAAGCCUGUAGAGUAUGUUGAAUUGAUUUUUUCGUUAAAGCCUAAUAUAUGGACCGCUUUGGCGGAUGAAGUUCCUGCAUGGGUGUCUGAUAAGAGGAACAAGACCUCGGUUGAUCGAACUGUAAGAUGGCUCGACGAAUGCAUUAAGCUAAAUCGGGCAGGUGGAUCUGUUUUUGGAUCUAUUGUUGGAGGAUCUUCUGUUCAAGAACGUGAGCGAUGUGCGCUCUUGUGGCUAGCCGAAGUGUAUCAGCGGGGUUUGGGGAGGGAAGGCAUUGAGGGUGGUGAGGUGGCGGAGGAGGUGGAGGGUUUUUGGGUUUUGGUUUUGGUGGAGAUAGAGGUGGAGGGAACUUUUGGCGGCCAAUGA